CAAUCUGCUCCCCCUCCACCGGCCGGCCACUCACCCAAAUCACUCACCGCUUCCAUCACCCACAUUCAACACACACUUUCUUCAUUCCCCCAACACCCACCCAGCAGUGGGACACAUCUACACAACCUCUCUCAUCUCGUCGCCGUCGCCGUGCACAUCGGCCAUUACAUUCUCAUCCUUACCUCCCUCGUUGAGACUCUGUUGCACGUUGCAUUCCCUCGGGCUUCGGUGAUCUAUCACGUUCGAUUCCCCUAUCGGCCGGUACUCUUCGGCUUGGCACUCAACAUUACUGGCAAACGGGCACCCACACUCUGCCCUCGCACCUCUUGACAACGCUCCCCCAUCAUCUCCAACUCUUUGCACUCGACUAUUGCGCGUUUGCAAUCAACCCUUGAUUAACUCGUCUACACACCAUGGCGUCCAACAUGGUGCCCCAGGAGGAGCUUCCUGUCCUCGAAGCCGUCAUCAACAUUCGAAACCGUCUUACAGCUCUGAAAAAGGACACGACCAGGUUCAUCCGUGCUCAGGAUGUCAUGUCCAUCUACAACCAGAUUGUCAAGCAAGUUGCCAAGCUCAACACCAUUCGUGAUGAGCACUCACAGCCUGCUCUCAACUCCAACUCGAGCAGCUCGGCCACUCCCGCUCCCUUCCACCUUGAGCCCAACCGUGUCGACACCAUCAUUGCGGACGUCUUCUCUCUUGUCAGCCUGUUCUUCCUUGCCGUCGGCAAGACCCGAGAGUCGCCAGCGGUGUACUGCCAGAUUGCCAGCAUGCGUCAAAUCCUCAACCACAUGAACGAAUCGGGCGUGUACACUGAGGCUUACCUCCAAGGGUUCAAGGAGCGUCUCAACCAGCUCAAGACAAUUAUCGAGAACGACCGCCGGGAUGGACGGCACAAUGAGCAGGUGCUCAAAUACAUGUCGUACAAGCUCCAGGGAACUGAGGCUAUUGUGGACAAGCUGAUCGACUCUCUGUCCGUGCUGUCGAUUGAGCUGGUUCCCAUUCACAACAGACUCGUUCUGCUUCGCAAGCAGCUCAUGGCGCUUGCCACCGAGCCCAAGGUCAACAAGGCCGAGUUCAAGCCUAUUGUCGAGGAGCUGCGCAAGAUCGACUCGAAGCGCGUGGAUGGGCAGUUCUUGGGUCCCGGCGGUUCAUCUGUCCCAGAGGGCCAGGCACUUCUCAGCGGUCUUCUCGACUCAUGUUUCGAGAUUGUUCAGGAUGUCAAGGCGCGCGAGGCCGAGGUGGAUGUUACCCCACCUCUCAAGCCAAUCUGGGAGCGCCUGACGACGAUUAAGCAGCAGCUGGAGCAGCUGACGUUGACACACCGGUGGACUCUGCGUGAGACCGACCUGUACAACUACUCAGUGGCUCUGCGCGAGAUCGACCAGAUGCGAGUGGAUGGCAAGUUCGUCGACGCUGAUGGCAACAAGGCGGAGGGACAAUACGUCUUGCUCUACCUGCUCCGUCGCUGUUACGGCCUCAUCUUCCGCCUCAUGUCUGAAUCUGAGCCCAUCUCGGAGGAGCUGAUGCCCGUUGCAAACAAGCUCUCGACAAUCAAGAAGUGUCUCAACGAAGUGCUCAAGUACGGUGGACCAUACAGCCCUCGUGAUCUCUACCCAUACCACCUUGCCCUGCACCAGAUUGACCAGCUGCGCAAGGACGGCAAGUUCCUUGCCGACGACGGUAGCAUACCCGAGGGCCAGGCCAUUCUCAACGCUCAGCUGUCGGAGGCACACGAGUUGCUCGAGAUGCUCAAGGAGAGCAUGUCGGACGACGACGAUGACGACGAAUAGGUGCAAAGCUCUCUCUCGCCUGGGGCAAGGCUUUUGACGAUGGUGGAUAGGAGUAUCAUGUGCCGUGGGCGUUUUAGCUACCGGCUCGAAGAGGAUCAUUACAAUAGGCGUUGUACAACAAUAGCGUCAUGCAACAACUCAACCACACCAAGA